ACACAGGUGACCUUCAAGGAUAUACUUGUGAACUUCACCAGGGAUGAGUGGAAGCUGCUAGAUGCUGCUCAACAGGUCCUGUACAAAGAUGUGAUGCUAGAGAACUAUAAGAACCUGGUUUCCUUAGCAGGGCAUCAGCUUCCCAAGCCAAAUGUGAUCUUUCAGUUGGAAAAAGGAGAAGAACCAUGGCUGAUGGAGAGGGGUAUUCACAAGAUCCUUCCAGGAUGCAGAGCUUCCUGACAUUGCUGAGGGGGACUGAGGGCAGUGGCCCGUCCCUGGCAGAGUUGGUGACCCUCACGGGCAGACUGUGUCGUGACCUUCAGGAUGACCCUGCCCAGGUACAGCCCUUGGUCACAGCUGUGCUGGACAGCCAGAUCCGCCUGCACCUUCUGGACAAUGUGGAUGUGGCCCUGGUAUGUGCCCGCAUGCUGGCCCAGCAGGAGCAGCACCAGGCUGCCUGCCAACUGCUGGAGGGUUGCCGGACCCCAGGAGGCAGUGAGGAGCUAGUUCAGCUCUGGAACGACAUUCAUUACCGCCUGGUCAUGAAGAGACUGGGCGUGGCCACGCUGACUCCAGUGCAGAGGUUCCGCUGCCGGAAGAGGAAUCCCCCACCACCUUCCCUCUGCCCUGACGGUCUGAAGAGCAGAAACUUCCCCAGGGAGGUUCGCCAGAAGUUGCAGGACUUUGCCUCGGGUGUGAGCACCAACCCCAGCAAGGCUGAGCGAGAGAAGCUGGCCUUGGAGACGAACUUGACAGCAGAGCAGGUGUACAACUGGUUUGCCAAUUAUCGGCGGCGCCAAAGGGCCCUUGUGCAGCACAUGGAGACAGCCCCACACGCCACAGUAGAAGAUUCCAGUGCAACAGUGAGGGACCUUCUACAGCCCUCGAGUCAACCCUUUGUUGACUCCAAGAGUGUGAACAGGCCACGGUGGAAAGCAUCACAUGAGGAAAGUGGACUUAUGCAGCCUCCACAGACCAACCAUGGAUUGUGGGACCCAUUUGCUUUGGCCUCAGACUUCCCUGAAGAAGAGACUUUGUCAAAGCCACUGCCCAGGUCUCUGCACAGUGGUGAGAUGUAUCGGGAGGGGCCUGGACAUGACCCUGCCUCCCUUCCUCCUGUUUGCCCUGGCUCUGGCUUCUGCUCUCUUGCUGGUGGCAGUGACAUGCUGGACCCCUCCCUGGCUGCUCCUGAAUCAUGGCUGAUGUCUCUUGCACUGGCAUCCUCCAAGGAAGUUGCCUUCCAGACGGGGUCUCUGGCCCAUAGUCCUGGCAUGGACUUCAUGCUGCACCCUACAGAUACUGCUGUGACCGUGUCUAUUGCUGCCUUGGGUGAACCCCAUCCUUCAGGAUUUGUUGAUCCGGUCAGCAGCAACCCUCAGAUGACCUACCCAGAAGAAGGUCCAGACACCAGUGGUAGCCAAACAGAAGGACAGGGGGGCGGCUUCCUUUUGACACAGCUUCAAUCACAGACUCCUGAAUUCAUCCUUACACAGAGCUCUCCAGAGCUGGAAGCUGCCCCAUCUGCCUUCUCCAGUCCAAUGUCUGCUGCAGAGGUAAACCAGCCACUACCCUCCAACCAGGUGCAGUGGCCAGACAUUCAGGCCUCCAGUGAUGCCUUCUGGGGAGCCCAAAUGCUCCUUGAGCUUUCAGGAGGCAGUUUGGGUUGAGCCACCAUUUGUGAACCUGUUCAGCCUCCACAGGAAGCAGAUGUGAACGUACAACUUCAUCGACGUAGACUAGAGUGCUUUAUUCGGAACUAUAAAGAGGCUCCUGGAAUUCUGGAAUUUCCUCUGAGAUGCAUUGAGGGCUGCUUAGCCUAUGUAAUGUUUGAAUAUUUUGGCAGUCUCCUGUACUGGGGGAAGCAUUUGAGAAAGGUUCAUGGGAGCAGAAGUCAGAGCUAGGGUCUUUCCACCUGGCAGGGUAGAUUGCAGAGCCAACCUCUUUGCAGGUUCUAGGCAGAAAAAACUUCUUAGUGAGAGGAGCAUCCCCUCCACUGUCCCCAACCCCAGUCCUGUCUGGGACAGAUCAGACUUCUUCCAGCUCAUUGGCAGGUGAAGUGUGGGCAGGGCCUAACAUUGUGUGUUUGGUGCCUCUGCAGGGAAGCAGGUAUGGUGGGAAUGCUCAUGCAUGGUGGGGUGUGGUAUUUUACCCCCUCUAGUUGUAAUUCAUUGUUUGGAAAACAAAAUUUUCUGUUCAAUAAAA